AUCAGCUGAUGUCAGGAAUCAGUCACGUGAGCGAAUAAAAUAAAAAAAAAAAUAAAAAAUGAAAAUUGUAUUUUUAAUAUUUGCCGUUUCGGCACUCGUGAAUGCAGAAGAAAGUGAUAAAAGUGUGGAGACUGCAAUUAAUUUCAUAAAGGACUGCCAGGGAGAUUACUUCUUAUGUGUUAAGGAAAAAUUGCUGAAAAUUGUUGACAAUGUCCGGUCAUCUAGAUCGAUCACAAUUGCAGAGGGCCUUGUACUUAAGGGUGAACCUAACGUUAGGGCUGGUAAACAAUUAGAAGACUUACCAAUUGAUCCAAUUGCAAGAGACGCUGAAGUUAACUACAGAUUACUAGACGGCGUUGUCAAUGUAUUUGAAACUCAUGCUCUUGAGGUUAAGAUGAAUGAUGCCGACAAAGAAACCGUUCAGCGAUCAUUAGAUGAAGGUCGUGGCAAGAAAAAAGGUGGUGGCGGUAUUGGUGCUAUAAUCGGAUUGCUCGGCGCCAAACUGCUUCUGGGAAAAUUGUUCAUUGUUAAACUUAUAGCUCUAAAGGCUUUGGCGACAGCAAAGAUCGCUUUGGUUCUAGCAGUUGUCCUCUUCGUCGCUUGGUGUUUCAAACAGGAGCACACAAAGACAACAUAUGAAGUUGUUCCCCAUCAUCACGAACCUCACCCAGUUCAUGUAGAACAUGUUGCUCAUGAUUUAGGCCAUGGACACGGAAUCUCUGGCUACGGAGCUGACUGGAACAAAAAUAUUGAUGACGCACAAAACAUGGCGUAUUCAGCGUAUUCGCCACAUUAACACCAAAUAGUUGACCACCAACGCUAAAGUACAAAGACUUAUUUAUUUUAUUUAUUACACUAAUUUAUUGUUAAUUUAUUGAAUGUUUAAUAAACAGUUUUCUUAAA